AUGGACGUCGAUGAUGCACGCGCAGCCGCUUUGUUCGUCCAGCAGUGGGCCGGUACCUUCGUGGGCAUCGGCACUGGUGCUGUGGCGCGUUUUGGCAUGAAAACGCCUGUCGAGCUGCAGGAGACACCCUGCGGCUGUUUGCUGAAAUUCCGCCCCGUGGGCACGCCGCCGGCCAAGAAAUUCGACGAGCUUGAAGAAGGCGGACUCGAAUUCUUGGCCGAGGCCCCCGAGGGGGAACGACCGAGACUCCGUGUUCGCCGGGCAGCAUAUAGCGCCAAGGCUGUCGUCAAGGCAAACUCGGAGAGGGCCUUGCUCGAGCAGUUUCAACGAGAUUGGGCCGAAGCACGGCAGGUCAACAGGCUUCCCUGGGCAGUGUUUUAG